CCUCUCUCUCAAACACAAUCUCCAGGCAUUUAUAUGUCUGCUUUGCUUUGGAUCCCUCUCUUAUCCUCUCAUUUUACCAACGUCGGCUUCUACUGAGGAGGAAAAAGGCUUUUAUUUGUUAUUGGUGGGCGUUCAAAGCGACAGGCUGCCCUGGCGUCUGCCUUGUUUCUGUUAAUCGCAGCUGUCCCCUCCCUUACCUCGUGCCACCGCCCCUCUCUCUGAGGAGAGUGAGAAGAGGGAACCGGAGAAAGCGUCUGUUCUGUGAUCACUGGAUGAAACAUGACUGCAGUGCUGGACAUCAACCAGGGUUCCUGUGCAGUGAGCGGUGUGGAGCAUGACAUUGAGACUCCUCAUGGUGUCCUUCAUGUGACUUUGAGAGGGACUCCUAAAGGCAACAGACCGGUCAUUCUCACCUAUCAUGACAUUGGACUCAACCAUAAGUCAUGUUUCAACACACUGUUUAACUUCGAGGACAUGCAGGAGAUCACCCAGCACUUUGCUGUGGUCCAUGUUGAUGCUCCAGGCCAGCAAGAAUCUGCCCCUCCUUUCCCCACCGGGUACCAGUACCCAACCAUGGAUGAGCUUGCCGAGAUGCUGCCCUCAGUUCUGACCCAGCUAAAAAUCAACAGUGUGAUUGGUAUCGGUGUGGGCGCAGGAGCUUAUAUCCUCACUAGGCUGGCUCUGAAUGAGCCUGCUCUGGUGGAGGGGUUGGUUCUCAUCAAUGUGGACCCCUGUGCUAAGGGCUGGAUUGACUGGGCUGCCUCUAAGUUAUCUGGAUGGACCAGCAGUCUGGUAGAUAUUGUGAUGGCACACCAUUUCAGCACGGACGAGCUGACGGAGAACCAGGAGAUCAUUCAAACAUAUCGUCUGCACAUCGCUCAGGACAUCAAUCAAGACAACCUGGCUCUCUUCUGCCACUCCUACAACAGUCGGCGAGAUCUGGAGAUUGAGAGGCCUGUCCUGGGACUUUAUGAAAAUACGGUCAAAACACUGAAGUGUCCUGCCUUGUUAAUCGUUGGUGACACAUCACCAGCGGUAGAGGCCGUGGUUGAAUGCAACUCAAGGCUAAAUCCAACCAAGACUACUUUACUCAAGAUGGCAGAUUGUGGUGGACUUCCCCAAGUUGUCCAACCGGGUAAACUCGCUGAGGCUUUCAAGUACUUUGUCCAGGGAAUGGGCUACAUGCCCACUGCCAGUAUGACCCGAUUGGCUCGAUCUCGCACUCACUCUGCCUCCAGCAUGGGCUCGGCAGACGGCUCCCGCAGCCGCGCACAUACCAGUUCACAGAUGGAGGGCGCCACCGGCGGCCCAGUCAACGACAACCAGACCAGACCACAAACCAUGGAGGUGUCCUGCUAAAGCACCCAGAGCCAAGCCACCAUUUCACCUGGGAUCAUCCGCGUGUUGCCCUUCUGCACCUCAGGUGGCUUUCUGUCUGUUUUGGGGUUUUGUUUCCACUCUGUCUCUCGUUCUACUUGUUCUCUUGUGGCCAGAGAGCGCUGGUCUAAUGAAGGGAUGCAUUGUUUGAUGUAAUCCGUGUAUUUUACAUAUUUUUCCACUGCAUGGAAGCACACUAAUCUUUUGCUGAUGUUUUUACCUUGAUUUUGAUUGGCUUACUACUUUAUUACUCCAUAUUUGUGUCAUCCUUUGGAGAUUCAUUUCCACUCUGGAUAUGCUUCUUGUGUAUAUAUUUUGCUGAAGGCUGUUGUAUUUUGAAAAUUCAGAGGGUAUUCUCGUCUGUAGCCGGAGAGAUUUCGUUCCCUCUCUUGCUCUCUCUAAGGUCUUCCUGCCCCAUGUUUACUAUAGAGAUGACCAAACCACUUCACUUUCUCCUUAUCUAAUUUUUUCUUCAGUACUUCAUUUUCUAGACUGA